UGAGCCGCAUCCAGACGCACUGGCCGCCGCUGGCUGAUGCCCACCCCCUCAACAACACCACCACCUCCACCCCUCGUCCUCCCUCCCUCCUCUUCUUGGUGGUGUGCGCAAAAUCUCCAGCGCCGGACGGACGGACGCAGUUUGACGGCACAAACCAGCGGCACUGCGGGGGGAAUAUCCAAGAAAAAAAAAAGCCACCCAAAGCAGACAUGGAUAUUUAACCGGCAUUUGAUUUCACCUCCCUUUUUUAAUCUCUUUGUUUUUUGUUUUUUGCUUUCCCUUGUGAUGUUGGCUUUGCACCGGGGGUGUUAAUUAAACCUGCUCGAUGUCUUUAAUCAGUUUAUAACCUGAACAAAAUGAGGAUUUCUUCUCGCGAUUUGAUUCUGUUGAUGUUCUCGGGUUUUUGGGGACUGGCAAUGGGUGCUUUCCCGAGCAGCGUUCAGAUCGGCGGUCUGUUCAUCAGAAACACUGAUCAGGAGUACACCGCCUUUCGUUUGGCAAUCUUCCUGCACAACACCAGCCCGAAUGCCUCCGAAGCCCCGUUCAACCUGGUGCCUCACGUGGACAACAUCGAGACGGCCAACAGCUUUGCCGUCACCAACGCCUUCUGCUCCCAGUACUCCCGCGGUGUCUUCGCCAUCUUCGGCCUGUACGACAAGCGUUCGGUCCACACGUUGACGUCCUUCUGCAGCGCGCUGCACAUCUCCCUCAUCACGCCGAGUUUCCCCACCGAGGGCGAGAGCCAGUUCACCCUGCAGCUCCGGCCGUCGAUCCGUGGGGCCCUCCUGUCCCUCCUCGACCACUACGACUGGAACAAGUUCGUCUUCCUGUACGACACAGACCGAGGGUACGCCAUCCUGCAGGCCAUCAUGGAGAAGGCAGGACAAAACAACUGGCAAGUCAGCGCUAUCUGCGUGGAAAACUUCAAUGAUGCCAACUACCGGCGACUGCUGGAGGACCUGGACCGGCGACAGGAGAAGAAGUUUGUCAUCGACGUGGAAGCUGAGAGACUGCAGAGCAUGAUGGAACAGAUUGUCAGCGUGGGGAAACACGUCAAAGGCUACCAUUACAUCAUGGCCAAUCUGGGUUUUAAAGACAUCAACCUGGAACGCUUUAUGCAUGGCGGCGCAAACGUGACGGGCUUCCAGCUGGUCGAUUUCAGCAACCCAAUGGUCAUCAAACUGAUGCAGCGCUGGAAUAAACUGGAUCAGAGGGAGUACCCGGGUUCGGACGCCCCGCCCAAGUACACCUCGGCGCUGACAUACGAUGGUGUGAUGGUGAUGGCCGAGGCCUUCAGGAACCUGCGCAGGCAAAAGGUGGACAUUUCAAGACGGGGGAACGCCGGUGACUGCCUCGCUAACCCCGCCGCCCCGUGGAACCAGGGCAUCGAUAUGGAGCGCACUCUAAAACAGGUCCGGCUGCAGGGACUAACAGGUAAUGUCCAGUUUGACCACUAUGGCCGCAGGGUCAACUACACUAUGGACGUGUUUGAACUGAAGAAUAAUGGACCCAGACGGAUCGGCUACUGGAACGACGCAGACAAACUGGUGCUGAUCCAGGACUCUCCGCUGCUUCCAAAUGACACUUCUGGCAUGGAAAAUCGAACCGUUGUAGUCACUACAAUCAUGGAGGGACCCUACGUGAUGCUUAAGAAGAACUGGGAGAUGUAUGAGGGCAACGACCAGUACGAGGGUUACUGCGUGGAUCUGGCUUCAGAGAUCGCUAAACACAUCGGCAUCAAGUACAAGAUCUCCAUCGUCCCCGAUGGAAAGUACGGCGCCAGGGACCCAGAGACGAAGAUCUGGAACGGCAUGGUCGGGGAGCUGGUGUACGGGAAAGCGGAAAUCGCUGUGGCCCCUUUGACUAUCACGUUGGUCCGGGAGGAGGUGAUUGAUUUCUCCAAGCCCUUCAUGUCGCUGGGCAUUUCCAUCAUGAUCAAAAAGCCCCAAAAAUCAAAACCAGGGGUGUUCUCCUUCCUGGACCCGUUGGCCUACGAGAUCUGGAUGUGCAUCGUGUUUGCCUAUAUCGGCGUGAGCGUGGUGCUCUUCCUGGUCAGCCGCUUCAGCCCGUACGAAUGGCACACCGAGGAGCCCGAAGAGGGCACCGACGGUCCGCCAAGCGACCAGCCCCCCAAUGAGUUUGGUAUCUUCAACUCCCUCUGGUUCUCCCUGGGCGCCUUCAUGCAGCAGGGCUGUGACAUCUCCCCCAGAUCGUUAUCGGGACGAAUCGUAGGAGGAGUGUGGUGGUUCUUCACUCUCAUCAUCAUCUCGUCCUACACGGCCAACCUGGCCGCCUUUCUCACUGUGGAGAGGAUGGUUUCUCCCAUUGAGAGUGCAGAGGAUCUGGCCAAACAGACCGACAUUGCCUAUGGCACAUUAGACUCUGGCUCAACCAAAGAGUUCUUCAGGCGGUCCAAAAUUGCUGUUUAUGAGAAGAUGUGGGGAUACAUGAAGUCGGCUGAGCCCACAGUCUUCACCAAGACCACGGCCGAGGGUGUGGCGCGGGUCCGCAAGUCCAAAGGAAAAUACGCCUUCUUGUUGGAGUCCACUAUGAAUGAGUACACAGAGCAGCGCAAGCCCUGCGACACAAUGAAAGUCGGGGGCAACUUGGACUCCAAGGGCUAUGGAGUAGCCACACCCAAGGGUUCACAGUUAAGAACGCCCGUAAACCUUGCCGUAUUGAAACUGAGUGAAGCAGGAGUCUUAGACAAACUGAAAAACAAAUGGUGGUACGAUAAAGGGGAGUGUGGACCCAAGGACUCUGGAAGUAAGGACAAGUCCUCCCAGGCCCUCAGCCUGAGCAACGUGGCGGGGGUCUUCUACAUCCUCGUCGGGGGCCUGGGCCUGGCCAUGCUGGUGGCCCUCAUCGAAUUCUGCUACAAGUCACGCAACGAGGCCAAAAGAAUGAAGCUAACAUUUACAGAAGCUAUGAGGAACAAGGCCCGUCUCUCCAUCACCGGCAGCGUUGGGGAGAACGGACGGGUGCUGACGCCCGACUGUCCCAAGGCGGUCCACGCCGGGCCUCCCAUCCGCCAGAGCUCCGGCCUCGCCCUGGUCUCCUCUGAGCUCCCGUGAAAACCAAAAACCUCUCAAGUGCCUUAUUCCAAUAACACUACCACCAACCAAUAAAGACCAACAAUCACACCGCCCACAAACACAAAGUAACCACAAUGACACAGCAUUCACACAGAUGACGAGUCUCCUCCAGUGGGCGCGACUGGACCGACAACAAACCCCCGCUGGCUAGAGGCUAGAGGACUUGCUGUGGCUCGAUGACUUCUCUCUGAAAUCUGUGGAAACUUGAGGCAGAACUGUCUUUUUUUUUUUUUUUCUUUUAAACUGGGAAGCAUACGCUUGUGGAAAAUCCACUGUGUUUUACAGCUCCGGUGACAGAAGAGGAAGAAGAGAGGAAAUGAAAAAUAUCAUGAUACGUGAUGAAGAGGAAGACCAGAAAACUGUAAACUGUAAACUCAGAACUUUUUUGGAUUGCUGUGAAUCGUCAAAAAAAAGAGAAGAAAACAAAACUGAACCACAAUCAAGAUUGUUUCUGAACCGUAUUUGCUACAUAGACACGAGCAGCGUUCAAGAGACAUCACCAGAUAUCAACACGGGAGGGUUGACAGCUCAGCGCGCUGAAAAACAUUUGUAUUCAUAAGAACAAAUGAAGUCUGUUGAUACUGAAUAUAAGAGCAAACAUAGAAAACUGUGAAAAUAAUAAAUAUGUAUAUUCCGUGAACAACAACACAAUGAAAUCUUUAGCUGUACAUAGGGAUGACUGUGCUUGCUUUUUAAACAGAUGUAUAUAGCAGAUAUUGUAGUGAACAGAACUUUUUUUUGGUAAAUCAUCUUUAAAAAGAUUUUAUUCAUCGCAAUAAUGAAAAAAAGAUGAAAAAGUGAAAAAUGAGACGUAUGGAAGGCAAAAUGUGUUGAAUACUUAACUUCAUUAUAUAGGACUAUUCAAACUUUUAAUGUGAAGGGGUAUCGACUGCCCAAAUAUUCUGAUACCUGUUGGAAAUUAAUAAAUAUAUUCAAUGAUGAAUGUUAACUAUUGCCACCCCCAAUCCUUAAACCACAACCCUCACUGUGCAGGCAUAGACCCAGAGAGUCGCUCAUGAGUAGAGCUUCAUAAAUCAAGCCUCUGCACUCAGAAUAUAACUAUUUUUUUCAUUCUUUGGUCUAUUUUUUGUACUCAGAAACGUAAAAAAAUUAAGCGUCUGUCUCCCGGUUUUAAAUGUCGACAGUCAAGUGCUAUCUGGGUAGUCCUUUCUAGACCAUUAUGUUUGUGGAGACGUGACAAAAAUUGGACGAUGCCAUUACUCUCGCUGUGUUAUUUGAAGUGUUUAUCGCCAGUAAGACGUCAAACCCCAGCUGACGAAGCCGCCGUUUGUAUGUCGAGCAGUGAUUAGAGCCCUUCCUUAUUUGAAUCACUGUGGAUCCUCCGGGGGAGGCUGGACACCCUGUAGCAGAAAUGUAUUUGCUUCGGUCUCAAAGUGUCCUAGUCUCUCCCGGAAGUGGACAAUCUGCGAUCGGAUAUGAAAGAUGCCACAUCUUCAGCAGCACCAGCCACCUCGUCCCUCCCUCCCUGCCCAUCAGCGACGGCUGGGCUGGUUUUCGCCGAUUCCUGGUUCGCUCAUCUGCUGUAGGCCGGUGUGGAGCGGACAAACCAGCUGACGCAGUCCAGGCCACCAUGCCUUCUUGUUCUGCCAUCUGUCUUUAGAGCUGAAGUGUAGUACGGCGUCUUAUUUUGGUUCCAGCUGUACAUCUUUAUUUUGAUCUUUUUUAAGUAAAAAAACAAAG